CGUGAUUUCCGCAGACCAUCCUCCGUCCGAAUGGCUGUCGUGUCCGCCAACUAGGCCUCGACUGUACACGUACCAUCCUCGCAACAUGGUUCCGUCUCUCUCUGGAUUCGCAUAGCGCCGCCGUUCUCGUUCAUAUCGGAAAGGCGGGGAGCCAGUCACGCCUUUGUAAAUCGCCUGUCGCAUGCCAGUUACUGUCUCAGCCCAGGCCAACACUGCCCCUGGUAGUUUGUUGAACUUCUCGCCCUGAUGAUUUGGUAUCUUCUCUAUCCGUUCCGAGGGACUACGGAAGCCCCAGUACUUGCGUCCACACAUCCUCUUCGUCAAACUUUCACGCGCUAUGGCAGAUAUGUAGCUCGACAUGCCCUUGCAACCCUACUUAUCUCGGUCGCGUUUGCGCUCCUUCUUGUAUAUCCCUGCCCCUUCCUUUACACGACCGACUUCGCCAGCGGGGCGUCUAACCUCCCCCAUCAUGUCUGGACCGACGCUCAGCCGCUCCACGAGAAGAGCACCUCCGAGCCCGAUGUGAUCAUGCGAUCCAUCUGGGUACACGGUAGCUACAUGCAGGUGCUCGACCGCGAUGUCCUACUCAGUGCCCUGGAGCUGCAGAACGAGCUCUUGGGGCCGACCAAGAGCUUCAACCCUCGUCAGCCGACCAAUAGUGUCCAUCUGGUCGACGAGGCAGCUGACCUCUCCCCGGAAGAUCGGGACAAGUUUCACGUUCUGAACGGCUUGACAACCCAAUCCUGGUUCUUCCACUCGCCGCUCCUAUACUGGGCCUGUUCGGCGGAGGAAAUCGCCCGUGAUCCCGACAUUAUCGCGACUGUGAACGAGAAGAAAAGCCAGCCUACGUCUGUCAACGUAACAUUGCGGCAUUCGAUCGUCUUCAGCGGCAAACGUUUCGAAGACCGUCGCCUUGUAGCAGCCGAUGCUCUCGUCAUUACACUAAUCCACCUGCGCGAUUCCCCCGUGGGCAGGCAGUGGGAGAGGAAGCUCGCGGCUCUCGCUGCGCGAAUGGACGACAAAUGGACAGUCAUACAAUCGGGAGGCCGGAGCAUGUCGAGCCAGCUCUAUGAGUUCCAGUUCAAGCCAAUAUCCAUCUCCGACCAGGUGCUCCUGACUUCGGCCUAUCUCAUAAUGGCGGUCUACUUUAUCUCGAGCUUCUCGAAACUCCGUGCCGUCAAAUCCAAGCUCGGCCUCUUCGUUACGGCCUGGGUUCAGAUCAUGGCAUCUAUGGUUUCGAGCCUCACCGUGUGCGCCAUCUUCAAGGUCGAUGUCUCCAGAGUCCCAUACAUUGCGUAUCCUCUAGUCGUCCUAGCUAUCAGCCUCGAAAACUCGUUUAGACUGAUUAACGCCGUCAUCAUGACCCCCGUAGAUCACAGUAUUAGCAGCAGGAUAGGGGAGGCGUUUGGGGACACGGCCCACGUUGCCGUUGCCAGUCGGGCGCAGAACCUGAUUAUUCUCUGGGGGCUCUCAAGGAUAACCUUCCCCGGCGUCUCAGGCUUCUGCACCUUCGCGGCCAUCGCGAUCGUCUUCGAUUUCUUCUACCUGUCGACCUUCUUCCUCUCGGUCCUCAGCGUGGAUGUCCAACGAACGGAUCUGAGCGACGCCCUCGAGAAGACCUCCUCGGAAAAGCACAGGUCAGGCUCCGGAAGCCAAGUUCGGCAGUCGUGGUCCGACGCGCUGCUUCAAGGCAAAAUUGCCCUCUCCACCCGCAUCGCUGGCACUGUCGUCAUGUUGGGUUUUGUCUUCAUCGCACAGUGGCACUUUGUGGAGGACAGGGGUAUUCUGAGAGUGUUGAGCAGCAUCUUCAAUACCAGUUGGACGAAUCGAAAGGACACAUCUCCCAGGACGCCUUCCCUGUUGAUUAACAUCAACCAAGCCAGGAGCCCGACGUCGUGGCUGCGGCUCCAGGACCACGAAACGGCUCACGAGGUGAUCAACGUCGUCAAGCCGUGGGCACACAGCUACGUAGCUCGAGUGUAUGACCCCCUGGUGUUUUUGCUGAAAGGCUCUGAUCGGGUGCCACAUGAUAAGGAGAGACUGCUCCUUCCUGCGGUAUACGACUUUGUACAUCACGAGCUGCCUCGGUUUAUUGUGGUAGUGCUAGUCAUCGUUGCCCUGGUACGGCUGUUGAUGAACUACCUCCUGUGGGACGAUAUUUCCGAGGCAGCAGAUGACGACUUCCCCGAAGCCGACCCCCUGCUGUCGAUCAAGUCGUUGAGCGCCGGUCAUGUACUCGACAUCGUCAUGAUGACUGCUUCCUCAAACGGUCACCUAGUGUCUGCCGGGUUGGAUCGACUCAUACAGGUUUGGAACGUCCGGGCGGGCUCUAGAAGCCGCGUGAUAUCAGAUCCGGAAAAUCCGGAAGAAGACCCCUUUCCGGUUCUGGCAAUGGCGAUCGACAAUACCCCAACUUGGCUGGCAUUGCUCUCGCCUCGAACGGUCAUGCUGUGGAAUCUGCACGAACAGCGAUGGGGCAAAUCGAUGGCGGUUGACAUGGAAGGGCACAAGCCCAUCUCGUUCUUCUUCGACUCCAGGUCGUCUGCAACUGCACCCGUCCUCAUCAUCGUCAGACGGAACGGGACCAUGGCCGAGCUGGACCUCGGCGCCGGGGAGUGCACGGAAUAUAUUGUUUGCAAGACCUCUCUAGUCCACGCGGUGCCGAUUGAGGAAAAAGUCACGCCCGGCCAGUUGGCGCCUCGCCUGUCGAUCCUGACGGCAUCGCGGAAGAGCUGCAUCCACCAAGUCACCAACCACGACGGCAUGUGGCUCUCCGAAGACGUCAAAUUCCCAACACGAGAAGAGAGGGAUAUCCAAUCACUACUCCCGGUCUCGGGCUGUGCCGCCUACCUGAUCGUCCGGCUGGAAACGGUCGACCUGGUAGAUCUCAGGACCUCGCAGAUCGUGCACACCUUCCAGACGGAACCCAUAGAGCCCCGAUCCCUAAAGUACCUCCGCUCGAGGAGGAGGCAGACGCAGUGCGGGUCGCAGGGGCUCUCGUCCUUCACGCUCGCGUACACCAGCGCCGACACGGGCGAGUGCAUCCUGCAGACGUACCUGCCGCCCGAGGAGGGCGACGCGAUCUGCUUCUGCGACACGCCGCGGUCCCCGGCGACGCACUGCUGCCCGUGGGCCGACACGCGGGAACUCAAGCGCCGCGUCGCCGACCCGGGCGACUGGGAGGCCCUGCCGAAUGGGAGCGUCGUUGGCGUGCGGAGGAAGAUGAUGCCGGAGCCGAAGGGCAGGGGCAGGGGCAGGGGCAGGGCCGCCCUCGUCGUCGCCGCCGCCCCCUCGCCGCCGCCGCCGCUGCGGAACAACCUCCGCCAUAGACGUCGCAUGAGCAGCGGGGCCCGGCCGGAGGAUAGGGAGGGCUGGGAGGUGUGGGUCAUGUCGCAGCUCGAGAAGGAGGAGAAGUACGAGACGAGGCCGCUCGUAGGGCCCCACGACGACGACGACGAACACUACGACGAGCAGCGGUACCAACUGCGGCUGCUGCAGCAGCAGCGAGCCGCCGCCGGCGGCGAUCACCUGAUGGUGUCGAGGCCCGGCCCCGUGGCCAAGGUCGGCUACUCCAGCGUGGCGGUCGCGUUCGGGGACGUCAUCAAGGUCAUCACCGUCGGGCACGAGCGGUUCGAGAGCCCCGCCGACAGGCUGACGGCGGGGAACCUUGUGAGCCUGGCCAACCGCAGGCGGAGGACGGCUGGGAUGCUGAGGAUCAAGCCCACGCUGGCCGUCCAACGGCCUUGAUUAUUCUGGGUCUCCUCGAACGCGGAGACGGGACGGACGGACGGACGGGAGUUCUGGCCUAGGAGUAACGGAAGGAGUAAAUAUAGAUGGGUGGGAAUGGAAAGGGGGA